AUGUUGGGCACCAGUUUCAUUGAGGUCAAACUCGAUUACUCAGCCACCAAGAACCUGCCGAAACGACGCGUCCUUGAUGGCAGAUUAUUGGCCGGAGGGCGCACCUGGACGAUAGUUUGCUUCCCGCGUGGGGUUCAUGAGGACCAGUCCGACAAUGGCGAGUACCUCUCUCUCUUCGCCACGACCAAGAGCAAAUCCAGACACGGCGUGAAGGCUGUCUUCCAAGCCUUUCCGAUGAGAAGAGACGGAGCACCAUCGUUGUCCCAUGCAAAAUGGUCAAGCGAGAUCCAUGGUGUUGGCUCCAAUGGUGGAACUGUAAUUGGGUGGCUGAAGUUCAUGAAGCGCAGCGAGCUCGAGCUGGGUUGUUACCUCGUCGAUGGCUGCGUGACAUUUGUAUGUGGAAUCAUAGAUCUCAACAGCAACGACCGUGUGCCUGUGCCUCCCACAGACUUGGGCGACCAUCUCGGACACCUGCUGCAGUGCACCGACGGCUCAGACGUCUCCUUCUCGGUUGGCGGCGAGGCGUUCUGCGCGCACCGGGCCAUCCUCGCCGCUCGCUCGCCGGUCUUCAAGGCGCAGCUCUUUGGUUCCAUGGCGGACGCCCAGACGGACAGCAUCACGCUGCACGACGUCCAGCCGGAGGUUUUCCGAAUCCUGCUGCGGUUCAUGUACACCGACACAGUGCCCACGGACACAGACCUCAUCAAACAUCUCGAGGGCCCUUCAGCCACGGACUUGCUCCAGCACUUGCUUGCGGCGGCAGACAUGUACCAGCUGGACAGGCUGAAGCUCAUGUGCGCGCAGAAGCUAUGGGACUGUGUGUCGCCGGAGACCGUGGCGGCGACGUUGGUCUGCGCUGAGAUGCACAACUGUUCGGAGCUGAAGAAGAUGUGCAUCGACUUCUUUGUGGUGGACAAGAAUUUCAAGAGCGCGGUGUUGACAGAGGGCUACUCGCGCCUGAUACAGGGCUUCCCGUCAGUUAUCGAGGAGAUCAGAGCAAGGCUAGUCCAGCCGUAA